AUGAUGUCCAGGCGUAAAUUAAGAAGUCUGUUGACCCCUCGUACAGCAACCGCUACUGCCAAUGGCCGCGCUUACCCGGAUGUUGCUCUCGUUGCCACCAAUAUCCCCUUCUUCGUCAAAGGUAAGAAGGUCCAAAGCGGCGGUACCUCUGCAUCUGGCCCCAUGUGGGCUGCGGUUGUGUCGUUGAUCAACGACUACCGCGCUACCAUUGGCAAGCCCACCCUCGGUUUCCUCAACAAGAGGUUGUAUGCUGACAAGGCUGUUCGCGCUGCCAUGGUUGACAUCACCGCUGGAUCGAACCCUUCUUGCGCGGUGCAGGGAUUCAACGCUACCGUCGGCUGGGAUAGUGUUACUGGUCUUGGUGUUUUGGACUUUGGGAAGCUGAAGGCUGCUUUGAGCACCUAG